AUGCUCCGAACUGGAAAGACAACUUACAUUGGGUCCCCACAUUUCCUGGACUAUAAUGAUGUUGACAUCCUAGACAAUUUACCAUCGCCGAGACUUUUCGCCUCUCAUAUGACCUUUGACCGACUUCCUCGUCAGGCCAGAGAAGGAAAGGGGGAAACUGAUCUAUUCGCCAAUGUCACCAAGAUGGCGUCGUUCCUGGGUGUGACGUAUGACAAACCAUUCCUAGAGGAAGUUACGGACAGGUGUACAUUUAAAACAAUGGUGAAAACAAUUAUUGACGAAAUCAAACCACAAGACCAGGAAUACAUUCAUAAAGUAUCGAAGGAAAAGAAACUACCCAUCUUUAGAAAAGGAGAGGUUGGGGAUUGGAAGAACCAUUUCACUGUGGCACAAAAUGAAGCAUUCGACAGAAUAUACAAGGAACGGAUGCGAAACACAGACUGUAAAUUCAGAUUCGAGUAGUUGAAAAUCUUACGAUCUGACCUAGUUUAAACGGAUACCUCAUCGGCUCCUUUCACCAGGAUAAUAUUACAUAUG